AGAUAAUUCUCAAGUGAAAAAUGGCCGCCUGAUAGUUUUCCGUAUUACUCAGUGCAGUUAAAAAUGUGUUUUUCUACGAUGGAAUCGCUUCAAAUUUUCGUACAUACAAGUCAAGAAGUCUGGACCGCAUUGGAUAAGAGUCAUUUUGAAUACAAGAGGGGAAAUUACUGCUGCGGAUAUUUGAGAAGUCAGAGUUCAUACGGUAACCAAGAUAUACAUCGAGAUUUAUACGAUUGUCAGGCGCGGGAGAGACGUCCUUGUAAAACGAGACGGUAAAAAAAAAAUACAAAAGGCAGCGACAUGAUAACGGAAAAUACGCCGAGGGAAAUGAAACAGCAAUUAGACGACGUUUCUAUGAGUUUGCCUAACGAGUCCUACCAGGAAUUAUACGUCUCGAAUACGGUGGCUAGUGAUCGGCCCACGUUUUUGAACACGGAAAAUGAUCUCAAUCUCCCAACAGCGGUUGUAAAAAAUUUGAGAAAUCUAGGAAACGGUAAUUUUACUGGCAUAGCACCCACCUGUCGAAUUGGCAUGUCACUCCUCAUGGAGUUUCCGCUAAAAAUUAUGAACGGGGUCACCAGCUUGUUCAAUUUUCAAUCUCAAUCCCCGGACUCUGAAAUACCAGCCAAAAGGCCAUACUCACCCAAGGUGCACUGUCACAAACAAAUGCCCAUGGAUGUUGCAAGGGGGCGAGGCAGGGGUCGUGGUCGAUCCCAGCUUCGUCGCUCUGGCGUUAGUCAGUCGAGACACAGACAGGAGCAAAUUCGGCAGAGAUUGUCCGCCGACAUUCAGGAUGACCUCAAAGAAUUCGAAGAACUCGGAGAUUGUGAAAACGAUAAGGAAGUACAGAGUACGCCAUGUAUCGAUGAAGAUGGAAGACAGCUUCGCUAUGGAGUCAAUGGUGCAGAAGUCGACACUGGCACUUCGCAAUUUCCAUUGACGUUCGGGUACUUCAAUGUGAAAUGCAGAAAACAGAAGCAACAACAAACAAACUACAACCAAGGUCUGAUCUCUAAUAAUUGUAACGACAGAUACGUACCUGAAUGCCCGAUAGAUGUCACAGCCUAUGCGUGUACUGACAAAAAUGAAGAGACUGAAUCAGAGAUGAACAUUAACAGAAGUAGGCUUCAUUCGGACAGUUCCGUUGACUCUGAGGAUAGCUGUUACAUUGUUUUUGAAAAUAGUUCAGAUUCCGAAUAUGAUUAUACUACGACUGACGAUGAAGAUGAGGAUCAAAAUUGCGACUCUGGAAAUUGUAGAUCAAAAUUAAAGGUACGGUUUUCGCAACACCCUGUAAUUCAUACGAUGAUUGCAUGGGAUUAUGCAUAUCGAGCAGCUCGGAAAGGUCCAUGGGAAGCAAUGGUUCGUGACAGAGCAAGAUUUAAGGACCUGAUCAACAAAAUGUCCAAAAUAUUGGAUCCAAUUUUAAAACCUCAGCAUCGCAUUGAAAUUUGGCAGCACCGUUUUGCUAACGACCUGUAGAAGGGGCACCGACUGUGGUGUGAAUUAUUAAGAUUUCACAAAUAUCAGGCUAUAGGAUAGAACAUAGGUAUUAAUUCAAUAGAACAUUUUCUUUAGUUAUCGCUCUUUCUCUCGAUUUCUUCCCGUUAUUUUGACUAUUGUAAUACCUGAAAGAAAGGGAUAAAGAUCAACUUCAAGAGCAUUUAAAAUUGACAGUGAAGUAGCUUUUCAAUCAUUCAGACUGUCUCCCAAAUUAUAUACACACCUUUUAACCAAGACGUACUUUGUGUACGAAUUUGAGUCAAGAUUCUGCGUUUAUCAUACGUAUGAUAAAUCCUAGGUAACGGCUCUCGAAGCAAUUUACUUUCUAUGUUGUAAAGCAUCAUUGCUGUCAGACACAACGAAGCUUACAAAAUUAUUAUGUGUAUUAAAAAACAAAAUUCACUUAUAAUAUAACUUUGAAUUUGAUUUUCUGGAUUAGCACAAAAAGUCUCAUUAACUUGAAAUGAAGCUGAUUUCGUCCAAUUCGAUUUGAAGCUACACCCAAUUUUAUCUUGAGAGAUUUCGUUUCUCAUGGCCAGAAAAAUUGCUUCAGAAAUAAUAAUUGUAGCAGAAACGAAUUUGAAUCUUAUAUCAUAUAAGUUUGAAAGACUAUGUUGAUAAACUUCAAUCUAAAAAAUUGCUAAAAGAUGAUGGAAACCAGUAUACACCCGCAUUUUAUGAAUUCAUAUAGCUUACAUUCAAACUUUUAUUUUUGAAGUUACCACAUCAAGUACAGCAUGAGAUUUAGUGAUCGUCAUACAUGUGUGCAUACAAAUACACAAAUAUCAGAGACAUAAAUCUACAAUGUAGCACAGACCGCAUGUCUCUUGAAAUUCAGCAUCCAAUCUCAUAUUUUUGCCAAGUUGCUCGUAUUUCACGUGUCAUAGGGUAUAUGGGUUCUAGUUGAAUACUUUCUUCCGUGUUUAAGAUUUGUGCAAUCAAGCUCUAUUUUCGUAUGCGUAAACCAAAGCACAUGAUGUAUCUAUUUAAUUAGCAUAUUUUUUUUACCUUGUGGACAUUGCAUGGGCUGUAAAAAUAAAAUUGUUUUAGGAAUAUUAAUAUAUAAAUAUAAUAUAUGUUAACCUGCUGUAAUUCAAAUAUUCAAAGAUACUUAGGAACUUAGAAUCUGUAUGUACCAUAUUAUUGUUUAAUUCUGUACACAUAAAAAGAAAAAUUCAUUCUUAACGCCCUUUUCAUGUUUAUUAGUAUGUACGUAAACGAUAUUUUAUUUUCACUCACUAAUGAAUCAUAUACCCUAUUAUCACCGUGUUAAUAUACUAAAUUCAAGUUCGAAUUAGAAUUUUAUUAAAAUUCAUUAAUCGUUUUUUUCCUCUGCCUCAUACGAUAUAAAUUUUAUUACAUGUUAUCGGAAAACAUGGAUACAAAUAAUGUAUCAAUAAAAUGCGAGGGGUCGAACACAGAUGGGGUCAAGUAGAGUAGAAUUCAAUAUCGAGAUAUUUGACACCAAAAUCAGUUUGUUGAGUCGUGCUUUGAUUGUUAUUCAGGUGUACCUAGCAUGUUAUAUGUGGGUAUCGCUCAUGGUGUUAAUUGAAAUCGAAACUUAUGUUUAAAAAUAACUCCCAAUCUGAACUGAAUAUUCAAUGUGAUUAAAGAUUGAAGAGACAAACGUAAAAUUUAUAGAUAGUGUUAUUUUAUACAUAGGUAUACAUACGUAAGAUAGAAAACGAUACAGUGAUAAAAGAAUUAUCGCAAAUAAAUCAUCAUUGUGUUUGCUUAAAGAAUAUUCGACAUUCUUGUGUAAAUAUCGCUAGGAAAGAUUAUCAGACAUUAUAAUAGCAAAAGUUUUCUGCUCAUUCUCUUUGUAUAGAUAUUCAAGUUAAAGUUUUCCAGACUCUGGAAUACAGACAGUCUGUAUGAUAUUGAUAUCAGUUGUUAUUCGAGAAUGGAGUUAUAGUCAGAUAAGAACGUGCCCCGUACUCGGAAAGUGAAUUACCUUUGAUGUUACUGUAUAUUAUUUGCGUACGUUCAAUUAUCGCUGUAAAAGUAGUAUAAUUGUAAUUAAAAUAUCUUACAAGAGUAUAUAUCAAUUAUAAGUCUUAAUAUAAUAGAUAAAAAAUAUAUAUAUUCAUUAUUAAA